UCUUGGGGGCUUCGUGGUGCAGUGGUUAGCACGCUCAGCUCACAAUCGAGAGAGCCCGGGUUCGAUUCCCAGGCGGAGUGGGAACAUUUGGGCGGCUUUUCCGAUACCCUACUUAACCCCUGUCCACCCAGCAGUGUACCAGGUAUUAAACAAGGGCAUAAAGAAGGAAACAAUUAUAAAAAAAAGCCCGCUACUCGCUGCUCCUAAAAAGAAUCCAAAGAGGUGGCCGAAAGAGAGGUCAGUUUCGGGAGGAGAGGUGUCCUGAUACCCUCCUCUUGAAAGAGUUCAAGUCGUAGGCAGGAGGAAAUACAGAUGAAGGAAGAUUGAAGAUGCUGGUUAACUCUUGCAUAAGGGGUUUGGACAGUAUAGGGAUGAAAGAGUGAAGAUGCUGGCUAACUCUUGCAUAAGGGAUUUGGACAGUAUAGGGAUGAAAGAAUGAAGAUGCUGGUUAACUCUUGCAUAAGGGGUUUGGACAGUAUAGGGAUGAAAGAGUGAAGAUGCUGGUUAACUCUUGCAUAAGGGGUUUGGACAGUAUAGGGAUGAAAGAGUGAAGAUGCUGGUUAACUCUUGCAUAAGGGGUUUGGACAGUAUAGGAUGAAAGAAUGAAGAUGCUGGUUAACUCUUGCAUAAGGGGUUUGGACAGUAUAGGGAUGAAAGAGUGAAGAUGCUGGUUAACUCUUGCAUAAGGGGUUUGGACAGUAUAGGGAUGAAAGAGUGAAGAUGCUGGUUAACUCUUGCAUAAGGGGUUUGGACAGUAUAGGGAUGAAAGAAUGAAGAUGCUGGUUAACUCUUGCAUAAGGGGUUUGGACAGUAUAGGGAUGAAAGAGUGAAGAUGCUGGUUAACUCUUGCAUAAGGGGUUUGGACAGUAUAGGGAUAAAAGAGUGAAGAUGCUGGUUAACUCUUGCAUAAGGGGUUUGGACAGUAUAGGGAUAAAAGAGUGAAGAUGCUGGUUAACUCUUGCAUAAGGGGUUUGGACAGUAUAGGGAUGAAAGAAUGAAGAUGCUGGUUAACUCUUGCAUAAGGGGUUUGGACAGUAUAGGGAUGAAAGAGUGAAGAUGCUGGUUAACUCUUGCAUAAGGGGUUUGGACAGUAUAGGGAUGAAAGAGUGAAGAUGCUGGUUAACUCUUGCAUAAGGGGUUUGGACAGUAUAGUGAUCAAAGUGAAGAUGCUGGUUAACUCUUGCGUAAGGGGUUUGGACAGUAUAGGGAUGAAAGAGUGAAGAUGCUGGUUAACUCUUGCAUAAGGGGUUUGGACAGUAUAGGGAUGAAAGAGUGAAGAUGCUGGUUAACUCUUGCAUAAGGGGUUUGGACAGUAUAGGGAUGAAAGAGUGAAGAUGCUGGUUAACUCUUGCAUAAGGGGUUUGGACAGUAUAGGGAUGAAAGAGUGAAGAUGCUGGUUAACUCUUGCAUAAGGGGUUUGGACAGUAUAGGGAUGAAAGAGUGAAGAUGCUGGUUAACUCUUGCAUAAGGGGUUUGGACAGUAUAGGGAUGAAAGAUUGAAGAUGCUGGUUAACUCUUGCAUAAGGGGUUUGGACAGUAUAGGGAUGAAAGAGUGAAGAUGCUGGUUAACUCUUGCAUAAGGGAUUUGGACAGUAUAGGGAUGAAAGAGUGAAGAUGAUGGUUAACUCUUGCAUAAGGGGUUUGGACAGUAUAGAGAUGAAAGAGUGAAGAUGCUGGUUAACUCUUGCAUAAGGGGUUUGGACAGUAUAGGGAUGAAAGAGUGAAGAUGCUGGUUAACUCUUGCAUAAGGGGUUUGGACAGUAUAGGGAUGAAAGAGUGAAGAUGCUGGUUAACUCUUGCAUAAGGGGUUUGGACAGUAUAGGGAUGAAAGAGUGAAGAUGCUGGUUAACUCUUGCAUAAGGGGUUUGGAAUAUAUUAAAACUAUCUGGAAAACAAGACACAGAAAAACAAGUAGCCUACAGGUUAUGAAAAUACACGAAACAAAUUUAACUUACAAUCAACAAUUCUCACAGCACGGAAACAAUAAUAGCAGAAUCACUAGUACUUUCUGGUGAGCAAAUAAUUAAAAACACACAAGAAACAAAAGAAUAUAUUAAAAAAAACAAAUUAAAACAUCUGGUGGUCCCGUUGCAAAGGCUGAAUCAUCUGGUUCACUCAAGAGCCUCAGAGGUUCACGCGGGCAAGUAUGAAAUGACCUCCCUUGACCUAAUUUGUGGAUUAUCAUUGACGUGGACGCAGAUAAGGUGGAUUUCCAUUGUGACCGUGAAGGCAGGAAGGCUGGAGAGGAGAGGAACCGCGCCAUUACUGCUAAAUAAGGCCAAUAUAAGCAGUGUGCCCAACCUCGCUUCCCCAGAGGAAGAUGCCUGUAUGUGCCAAGCUGAGUGUCCUGGACCUCCUGAAAAUGCACAUCCCAAGGUGUCCGGGCUGUGUGUGUCCGGUUCCCGCCAUAGCGUGCUCAGGACCCCAGGCUGAUGCAGACCUCCUGGACAUCCUUACCUUUGCUGGGGUUAUACCAGAAGGGAAUCCUGUCGCGCCUAGUCAAGCAAGCUCUGGAACACUCUUGGGGAAGGUAGACUCCGGCGUGGAACAUUUAGCUUCAUUUCUACAGUCACAAACAAGUACCCAACAACAUGAGUCUCCCGUGCUAACUCCCACUCCCUCACACGACAGCCAGGUUCACCCUCAGCUUCCUACCGGCGUAACGCUCCCCCAUUCACCCAGCACCCAGCGCCUGUCUGGUGUGUUAAGCCCUAAGCAGAUCGCACCGGUGACCCCCAGCACCCAGCGGUCAAUCCUCCCAGCUGCCCAUCAACAUCAAUCAUCAGGGCCAGCCUUCCGCCCUGCCCCCACCACCCCAAAGGCAUCCCCACUCCCAUCUCACCACAAGACGAACCACGCCUCUUCUCCGCUCACCGCCAAUGUGGAACUGGAACUCCACCCGUCACCAUCGCUAUUCUUCAAGGAGACCCGUGGAGAGACACUCAAACCCACUGAACAACACCAAGUCUCAGUAGAUAUUAAAACACAGGUAUCAGAGGCUAAUUCAGAUCUCCAGAAGCCUCAGAGUAAGGUAGAUCUCCAGAACCCUCAGACUAAGGUAGAUCUCCAGAACCCUCAGACUAAGGUAGAUCUCCAGAACCCUCAGACUAAGGUAGAUCUCCAGAACCCUCAGACUAAGGUAGAUCUCCAGAACCCUCAGACUAAGGUAGAUCUCCAGAACCCUCAGACUAAGGUAGAUCUCCAAAACCCUCAGAGUAAGGUAGAUCUCAGUAAGCCUCAGAGUAAGGUAGAUUCAGCUCCAAGUAAAGGUCAAGGACAGGGGUCAGGGUCAGGUCACAGUCAUCAGGUAAAAGACAGUGACACAUGCCCCAAGAAGGCCCAGGAAGCUCAUCUCCUGAACUCACAUGAAAACCGGGCAAGCAAUGAUAAGGCCAGACAGGGCAAGAAAGAGAAGGCUGACCUUGACCCCAGCAUUAACAAAACAAGUAAAGGUCAUCACAGAAGGCUUGGCUCAGGCUCCGGCAAGGUUGGAGGCCUAAGCAAAGGUCAGGCGAAGGAUAGCAAGCUCCAGGAAGCAAGGCCCGGCCACAGCUCCAGCAAGGUCGCCAAGAGUGAUUCAGGACCCAAGAAAGGCGACCAGACCAAGGCUGUUUCUACCGGCAAGGACCACGCCAAGGGUGAUUCAGGACCCAAGAAAGGGGACCAGACCAAGGUUGUUUCUACCGGCAAAGACCACGCCAAGAGUGAUUCAGGGCCGAAGAAAGGCGACCAGAGCAAGGUUGUUUCUACCGGCAACGACCACACCAAGAGUGAUUCAGGGCCCAAGAAAGGGGACCAGAGCAAGGCUGUUUCUACCGGCAACGACCACACCAAGAGUGAUUCAGGGCCGAAGAAAGGGGACCAGAGCAAGGCUGUUUCUACCGGGAAAGAGCAACAGUGUAGAGAUGUUCCCAGAGCCAUGCGAGGUCAGGACAAGACUUACGAGCUGCCCUUCGUAAGCACAGAUGAACAAGAGAACCGUGACAAUGAGGACCCUCGCUGGAAGAAGCAAGCAGUUCUCCGCACCAACCAGGAGCGUUACAGGGUGGCCCACAGACUAUGGAGGAGCCCCUGUGUGCCGGAUCCCAACACCAACCUGACAGUCUUUGGUACCAGUCACCUCGCAGCCCAACACAGUCAGGGCUCCGCAGGGAGACACCCCCGAAAGCGAUGGCGCGAGAUGGACGAAGAAUUUCAACCCCCGAGGAAGAGGCAGCGAAGGUUUGAAAAUGUACAGUUCAACGUGGAGCAGAUCAAGAGGAGCAAGAUCGUGGUUAUGAAUGAGUUCCUGAAGACGCUGGUCACCCCACACAUCACCAGACAGGUCGCCAAGAAACUGGAGAAUUCACACCAGGAAAAACAGUAUAUGCUCGACCUUGCUUGUGAGGAGGUUACAGCUAUUCAAAUGUUCUAUGACGGGUUACCAGACCAGGACCUGACAGUGACCCAGGAGGAGGUGGAGCGGGGAUCUCAAGCUACCGAACAUGUCUACCAGGUUUUCGGUGAUGUAUAUGGCUAUUGGGGACAGGAGUUCUUUCCUUGAAGACUUUGAUGUUGCCCAAAGCAUCUUAUAUGGAGGCUUCAAGGGCUAUCUUUUACUGGUUUGUGGAUGACUGGUUGUAAUAUAUAUUUGAUAGAUAAGCUUCCCUGUGUUAUGGUACAGGUAACUCUUGAUUCACGCGAGUAUUGUGUCCUGGAGGAGGUCAUCGCGUAAUUCCAAAACAGUGUAAAUUCAACAAGAGGUCAGUUUGUACCUUCAUGCCUACUGUAUCACUCUGACUCCUCUCCCUCUCGUGGUUCCUCCUCUGGCUGCCCUUCCCCUCAUGGUAGCACAGCAGCGAGGGUGGUGUUGUUGUUGUAUAUGCCUGUCUUCUAUAACUUAAAGGAUUUGUACUUCUUUGGCAUCAUUAUAAAACUGUUUUUUGGUGAAGGGCAUUCUGACUCCUCACUCUAGUAGCUAUAGGAUGAUGAUGACGAUGAUGAUGAGUACUGUUAUUAACCCAGUAGCAGCGAUGGGCUAAAUUUGUGGCUUUGCCGUGUAGCAGCAAUGGGCUAAAUUUGUGGCUUUACCGUGUAGCAGCGAUGGGCUAAAUUUGUGGCUUUACCGUGUAGCAGCGACGGGCUAAAUUUGUGGCUUUACCGUGUAGCAGCGACGGGCCAAAUUUGUGGCUUUACCGUGUAGCAGCGACGGGGUAAAUUUGUCCCAUGAUAUAAACCCCCCAAAGUAGAUGAUACAUAAUCUGAUCACAAAUGCUUUGAUAUGUAUUAUGAAAUGGUUUGUGUGAGGGGUGAUUUUUUCUCAUUUUUCUCGCUUGGAGGGACCAUUAAGAAACACAACCCCCGCUGCUACUGGGUUAAAACUCCUAUCUCCUUGACACACCAGAGUGAUGCUUGCCACUAAUAUCCUUCAUCCGAGUCCUCUGCAAGGAUAAUGUUGUGGCCGGGAAGAGACUCAGGGUUGAAAGUAGACUCGAAGCAGCGUCUGAAGAAAAAUCUCCCCUUUUUGGCAGGUGGCGAGGAGGAGACAGCCUCGUCCUCCUCCUCCUCGUCCUCCUGUGCCAUCCUGUUGUUGUCACUUGAAGGGAUGAGUGUCGCGCCCUGGGAGGCAUCACCGUCGAGGGCGUCCUGGUGGCUCAUUGGUGGAGGUAGACAACUUCCCCCGGGCUCUGCGUUGGCUGCUUCAGGGGUAACGUUCUGCACUGAUGUAAUAUUCACUGUUGGAUAAAUAAAUGAAUUGUUAGUCCAUAUUUUUUUCAUAAUUAAGAUCCUACAUGUACUAAUAAACCACUUAAGGAUCUAUUUCGUUUCUGAUAUACAAGUACAGUCGUGAUAUGAAGUGAUGUCGCCGCUCUCAGAAUGUUUCGUACUGUUUUUAAACUUACCUCUGGAGCACAAGAAUCUAAUCAGACCAUCUCAUGUAUUAUGGAGACUGUACCCAGAGUUAACCAGCAUCUUCACUCUUUCAUCCCUAUACUGUCCAAACCCCUUAUGCAAGAGUUAACCAGCAUCUUCACUCUUUCAUCCCUAUACUGUCCAAACCCCUUAUGCAAGAGUUAACCAGCAUCUUCACUCUUU